AUGGCAGCCGACAGCGAUGGGCUAGGCUCGGCGAGUGGAGCUGGCGGGGCUGGCGGGACAGGGUCGUGCGGCGUGGUCGUGACGUGCGAGGGCGACCUGCGCGACCCGCGCUUCCCCGCGCGCCUGCGCCGCCUGCUACGCGAACUGCGUAAGCUGCUCGCCGAGCCGCAUCCGCAUACGCUCAAAGUUAACAAGGUGGAGCCGUGGAAUUCGGUGCGUGUGACGUUGUCGGUGCCGCGAGCGGCAGCAGCGCGACUGCGAGCGUUGGCAGCGGCCGGCGCCCCGCAGCUACGUGCCUUGGGGAUCCUCUCCGUACAGCUGGACGGGGACGCUGCUGUCAGUCUGCGACUGCAGCAUGGCGCUGAGCUUAGGAUUAAUACCGACCCCGAUGAUGCGAGUUCGUCAAGAUCGCAACCGAAUGCAGAGCUCCUGGCUGGUCUGAGCGGGAUUGGGCGCAUUCUGAGCGAGGAGGAUGGCGCAUCCACCAGUACGGCGGAAGCGCCGCCCGCACCCGCGCCAAGUAAUAAUUUCAAGUCGCCCAAUACCGUCUGUCCUAUGGAUGGGAAGAUCCCUCAGAACAUUCCCACGCAUAACUCGCAGGAACGCUGCGAGUUCCCCUUCGGGAGCAUGACGCAGGCCAGGGUCAUACAUAGGAAGGAGAAUACGUUAGGUUUAGGUGGACAAACGGCUAGCAUACGACCGGCGACAGACGGUCCCUUCGCGCGGCCGUCGACGUCAUCGUUCCCGGGCCCCCCUCCGCCCUACCCCGCGGCGCCGCCCGCCUCUCCGGCGCCCGCGCCUUCUCCACAACCCGCGCCGGCCCCACCCCCUCCCACGCCGCCGGCCGGCCCGGCGCAACAUCCCCCCACCGUGGCAAUGUCGUCACCCCUACUCGUCAACCUUCUGCAGAAUGAUGCUCCAGCACCUCAGCCCAGGCCGAAGCCGCCACCGCAUCCGGCUAAGCUAGAUCGGUUAGAGGAUGGCCAGGUGGAACUAGCAGUUGGUCGACCACCCUUCGCGGAAUAUAGAACUCCGCGCACUCCGGCUCCCGUAAACGUGCGGGAGCCUGCACCGAACGUGCCUACGCCCCCGCCCCCUGCGGCCUCGCCGCACAGGCCCCCGGUGCGGCCGCCGGCCUUCGUCCGCCGCGCCGCGCCGCCCCUCCGCGCGCCCCCCUCCCCCGCGCCCUACCGGGUCCACAUGGGCUCGCCGGGCCCGCAACGGUCGGUGGUUAUGCAAGCAGGUGGCUACUCGACGGUAGCGGCGUUCCCUCCCCCUCCGCUGCCGCCGCCUCCACCUCCGUAUCGCUCGCAGGUGGCGCGGGCGUUACGACCGCCCGCCUCACCCGCUCCUCCUGCACCUCCGCCCCAGCACUCCCGCGUGACACCGGAGGACCUGCAGGCGCUAUUACCACCGACUACCGCGUCCAUGGAUCAAAAGACACAGUCGAGUUUCCAGGAGUUCCAGCGGUAUCAACAGCAAUACAUCGCCCGGCAGCGAGCAGCUUCCCGGGCGUCCACGCAGCCAGACUGGAACGAGCCGUACCGGGACUCGCUCUCGCUACUCGACUUGCCUGACAGUGACCUGGAACAUCUUAUGCCUACGUUAGGAGACGAUCUUAACUUGGAUGACACUGCUUUUUCGGCGAUAUCAGAACUGGAUGCAAGCGCGAAACUCGAUCUUUUACUAUCGGGUAACAACUCCACGCAAUCGACACCGGAUUCCUUACUACAAGAAAUCACGGGGAACCAGUUCGUCGGAAACAGCAAUUCCUUUCCUGAACCUCAACCGCCUCGCAACGAUGUGCCUUCAAAUCCUCCAAAGGCGGAGCCGUAUGAAAGUACACAGCAAACUUUCAUGCCUCCCCCUCCUGUUCCUCACCAGUCCACCUCGAAAACGUAUAAUGCGCUAACAAACCACUCGAAUGUGGCGACACAAGCAUACAAACCACCUGCACCAAACGCGCCCAAUGUUCCCAGUCAGUCGAUGCCACCUCCACUGAAGCUCCCAGUCCGAGCGGCUAGUUCUGUUGCUACUGCCACAGUAGGCUCACAAGCGAGUGCCCACGAAAUCGAGGAACAAAGCAAGCAGUACCUGAUCAAAACUCUUAUGAGAGACGAUGACGUGCCGCCUCCGAAGGAAGAGAAAAAAGUCGAGGAGGUCACGGUUGCGCAGUGUAAAGUCAGGGAAAGUGUCGAAGCAGCGCCUGAAAUGUUUGGCAUUGCUAAAACCACAACAGACGAUGACCCUCGUCGACCCGACGAUGAUAUGAGAAAAAACAAACUUGCGAGAAAGGAGAGAGAUGAUAAGUUAGCACAAAAGGGCGGAAAACCCCGCACAGUGGGUGCUAAAGAAAGGCCCACUACGCUCAAGGAUAAGAUCAUCCGCGAUGGAAAAUCUACCAAAGUUGCCUUACCACGUCCUACGACGAAUGCCAAACCCGUAGCGGUGGCUAAACCCGUUGCAGUGGCUAAACCCGUUGCGGUGGCUAAACCCGUUGCGGUGGCAAAACCCGUCGCACCGUUAUCCAAAACUGUUGUACCUGCCAAGCCUCAGGCGUCCCCCGGUGAUGCUCCUAAGUCUCCACAAACUGAAAAGGAGUCAAUAAAACUCAGGCUAAAGUUAGACAAGAAUGAGCCUGUAGUACAACCUGUUUACAAGGCCGAUAUUAGCUUUGUUAAUCCACAAAAAGGAGAGAAACCAACUGAGAGUGAAUUAAAAGUUCCGCCUCUUCAUAUAAGACUCCGAGGACGCAAUACACCAGUAAUAAAAAAUAAAAAGGAGAAGAAAAAAUUUGCGCCUGGAGACAUUCAUACAAAGAAAAUAAAGAUAAGAAAAUCUUCGGAAUCUGACGAUAAAUCUCAUCGCAGAGACUCUGAGGAGUCGAUAGCCUCGAAGUCUGGCGAAAGCACUGAGAACAAGACUGAUGAUGAGUACCUCAAUGUUAAGAGCAUAAAACUCAACAAUCAUUAUGAAGGGGACGGGAUCAAGACCGAGAUUACUGGUGACAAUAAUGUUGUGUACAGGAUGAAGACGAUAUCGAAAAACGCUCAUAUAGUCACGAAAUCUCAUGACUACAACAAAUUAAAUAAUAAAGUGCAAAGUAUAGAUUUGAAAAUGAAAAAGAAAUUAAAAAUACUCAGUGAGAGUACUAAAACAGAAAAAGAACGAGAUAAGGAAUGGCGAAACGACACUUUAGACAAGGAAGGCAAAUAUGCGCAAAAUGAAGGUUACAGAGAGACUCAGAAUAACCAUGAAGUAAAAAAGAAGUUACCGACUCCAAAAACGGACAAUGGUGCGAAUUGUGAUAGUUUGAAGCCCAGUGAAGGGAAAACAGUGCAAUUGGAUGUUGAUAGUGAAAAAUCAGGUGCUAGUGACUUGGAUAGUAGGUUGCUCAAGUGUCAUAAAGAUUUAGAGUGGACGCUGAGUGGUGAAACGCCAGACGCGAGCUAUGACUCGCGCCGAACCGACGAAGACAAUAAGUUGAAACGGACACUCGCCGAAAGUGCUAUUACCUCACCUAACGGACUGCUCACCUCUGAUAAGAAGAGAAAAAUCAGUCAUAGUUCCUGCACAGAACCGCCAGGAUCGACGAAUGUGGGGACGAUACCGAGCCGCACUGAUUCGCCGCCCGCCUCACCCCGACGAAAAGAACGACCCAAAGACAAGUCCUACUGUAAACUAAUGGCUGAAAGAGCCGCUAGACCAGACGCCGACAAGUUUGGCAACCGAUCCCCCGCUUCACAAGCACAGGGUGAGGACUCUGGCAUAGAGUCGAUGGACGCGUUGUCAGAGAAGUCACCUAACCAAGCCAGUCAGUCUCCGCCUGGUCCGCAAAGGAAUAAGGAAAGACUUGACAUGCCGCGCUCCACAAGUCCCGCCUCAGUGCAGAGGAUAAUAGGUGUCAUAGAUCAACCUCCAGCAUCUGACGAAUUACUCGAGAGACUAUCACUUGCGAGCAGUCAACCGAGGUAUGACCCUGUUCCGCCGGAUAUGGACGACCUGGGUGACAUUGAGGCAGAGCUCGCAAAGAUGCACGCUGACCACGUAAACGGUGACGACGCACCGCGACGUCCACUGGAUGAACCUUCACCGAGCGCUGACCGAGCUGCUACUCCUAUACUGCGACAUGACGACGAGGACAAAUCUACGGGGUUCAGUCAGCCUCCAGAGCGUUCGGCAGCAGAACCGGCGCAAGCGGACCCUCCACGUUCACCGCCCCCCGCGCCGGACCGAGCCGCUUCCGCGGAACCGCAUCGGGACAAGCCUAAACUCGACGAUUUCGAUCCCCCGCCCAGUCGCGUCUCACCACCGCUCUACACCUACUCUAAUCAGGAGAAGCUCGGCCCGAUCGACUCUGACGUUAAGGAGGAACGGCCCUCGGGGACGGAGAACGGUGAUGCCAGCGAACGAAACGAAAUCGACGAGACGAAGUUGGAGCGACUUCCUCUGAAGGCGGAUUUCCCGGACAAGAGCCUGCUCGAGCAACUUUUGAUCGAGAUUCCGACCCCCGAUUACAGCGGAAAGCGGCCGGAGUCCCCUUCGCCGUCGGCGCUAGAGCGCGUGGCUCGAACCAGCGUGCGAACGCGUUCCAGCAGCAAACUCAGCAGUCCGGCGGACGGACCGCGAACGCCGCGGCUGAGUCCCGCUCUGAUCAAACUCGAUCGAGCGGACUCACCCGCGUUGCAACCCCGAAACUGUUUACGCGGGGGUUCCGUCGAUAAGACCAGUCCGCGCACGCCCGCCGCCUCCGCUCCCGUUUCGGCGCCGCGUCUCGCCGCUGCGCCCGCAAAGCGCCGACGGCGCGAGUCGGAGAGUUCCGGCGCGUCGACGCUCAGCUGCGAGGAAGGGUCGUCGCCCGCGGGUCGACCCAAGAAGAAACCGCGACGGACGGACGGGCCCCGCCCGGCGGCGCCCGUCCCGCCUCAGAGCGGUGCCAAGGCUCGCAAGGACUCGGACAGCGACAGCGACGAGCCGCUCAUCUGCAAGGUGCGCGGCAAGGCGGGCAAGGGCGUGCGGGGCCCGCCGCGCACUCCCGCCAAGGGCGCCGAGGGCGUCGGCACGCGGCGCUCCGUGCGCCACGGGCCCGCGCCCCCCGGCGGCGCGCCCUCCGCGCCCCCUCCCCCCGGACCGGAGCCGGCGCCGCCCACGACCGGCGUCACCCCCGUUCGGAGGAAAACUCGAAGUGCCGUCGGCGAAGGUGCAGGCGGGGCGGGCAGCGGGACUGCAGGGCGACGGCGCGAGGCCAAGUGA